AGGUUUAUAUUUUAUUUAAUAAUGACUUACCCUGAUAGAAAUAGAACAAAGAAAUUAGAUUUUGUAGACACUCAAAAGCUUUCUUCUACGUUUGUUCUUUUAUGGUACAAGGAUUGUGAAAAAGAUGAGCGGCAUACCUCUCCCAUAUCACUUUCAAAUACACUUUUUAAGCAUUAUUCAUCCGUUGAAUGCCUUGAAUUUCAAGUGAAAAAUGUAGUGCAUGUUUCUAUUGCAAAUAUACAACACGCAGCUGUCAUCAUCUAUAAGGGGUCUAUUACCCAAUGCUGUAAAUUUGAAACAUUGCUAGAUAACUUCAUGGACGAUUUUGGUGAUGAAAAUCCUAGCACUGAUGAAGUAAGCAAGUUUGCCCUCAAUUAUAUUGAAGGCAAUACUGACGGAAAAAGAAAACAUUCUGAUGGAGACCAAUCCUCAGAUUCAGAGAAUAUUGCACCGGUCUCAGAACAUACAGGCCUAAACGGACCUAAAUAUAAAUCGACUCCUAAAUCAAAGGUGCUGAAAAAAAAACAUGUAAAUGAAGUGUUGAAUGAAAAUUCAGAAUCAGAGUCCUUUGCAUCAUUUUAUAACAGUCAAAAAGGAUCUAAAAAAAGUGAAGCACAGAUUAUGGCUUUGGAAAAGCGGAAGCUUGACAUGCUACUUGACAAUGUUGAUGCUCCCAGAGCAUUGAUGCUUCCAAUAAUUAGUGAUGUUCCUAAAACAAAACACUGUGGUUCACCGAAGUUAAGCAAACUAUCUUGUUUAGAAGCAAUUUUGAUUGAACAAAAGGAACUUCUUUUUGAACAAAAGAAGACCAACAAACUGUUGUCUGAAAUUUUGCGCCCAAUAGAAAAAGAAUCUGUAAAUAAUGACAAUGCCGUGUAUAAUGGUUUUGAUGCCGAAUUUAAAUUGCACGACAUUCAAAAACGAGAACCAUGUAGCUUUGCAAGAAAAUUUAUUUUGUUGCGAUUCGGAAAGGAGUUUACUUGCACGCGUAUUUGUGAACCAAACGGACCUACUGCACGCAUUCAUAUGGAGAAUGAAGAAAUUCAGGAAGUUAAAGGUGCACUUGACAAAGUGUUUACUUCUUACAACUGGCGUGUUGUUCGGGCGAGUAUUAAUCAAUUUUUCCGAGACAAUAAAAGUAGUACAAAAGUUUGAAGACUAAACAAAUGAGUGACAUUUUUCUUUUGGUGUGGGGUUGUCAGCGUUUUUCGCUU